UAAAAUCUCAAUGGGUUGAUAUGGCAGAUUACAUUGAACAGUAGCGCACUAUGAGUCAGUAGCAGCUGCUUCUGGCAUGUCAGGAGGCCCAUAUCCAGUUUCUAAGUUCAUCUCAUAUAUUAGUUUUAUCUUAUAGAAUUGUCGCAUUCGGUUUUCUUAGAGUCUUCUAGAUAUCUGUUGUUAGGUACUAAAUAUGGUCCCUAGGGUACCGACUCAGAGACUAGUUGUGACUAGUACUAGUCAGCAUGUAGUCCUGUAGCUACUAGAAAAUAACACAGUACUUAAUUACUGAUACUAGUAUACUACAUUAAAAUUUGGAGGCAUGUGGAGUGGAGAGAAAUCUGAGAUAGGCCACUGCCCAGGAAGGUACAUCUUAAUUCUUGCAGCGCUUGUGGAGCAGCAGCAAUUUGUUAUCAAUAUCUGGCAGAGGAGCAGACUUGGUGGUCUGCUGCAGCCGGCGGAGGAACAUAUUGAUGGUUUGCUACAACUGGUUGAGGAGCACAGCUGAGGUAGGAACAGAGCAUCGGAGAAGAAUAAUCGGUGGGAGGAGUGGAACCAGGUGGAGGACCAGAGCAGCGUGGCCACCGGUAGCGGCAGCUUGCUGUGGAGCCUGGAGAGGGCUUGGUCUGAAGCUAUGGACCCACUUCAUGGGCUGAGCCCACUGGUGGGAACUCCACUGGUCGCUCGAUUCAAACUUCACGAGUAGUUGUCGACUACUCGAUUGACCGCGCUGGACUGUACCCAUGAGUCGAGUCGGUCAGCCGAGUCGACAUGCAAGUAGUGGCUUCAAGACUUGUCGCUCAACUCAUAAUCCUUGCUUCUAGAUAUCCGUUUUUAGUUACUCGCUAUUUGUCUUGAUUGCUAUAUAUGUUCCUUGAGAGUUUGUUUUGUGUAGAUUGUAGUUAAGCAGAAUAAUUAUACAUUAAAGUUACUCUUUAUGUUUUAAUUAUCAUUAAUUUAGAUUUAUAGUAAAUUACUACUCCCUCCGUCCUAGUACCCAAGUCACAAUUUUUGAAUAUCUUGGCCCAAGGUACUAGCAUAUUGGGUCGAGUUUUCUCACGUAAAAACCGUCUAUAAUUACUGCCAUUAAUUGCCAAAAUAAUUACUCCCUCCGUCCUAGUUCUCAAGGAACAAUCCCAAAAACUAUUUGUCCCAUAAACCCCCACCUCCUAGGCAUAAUUCUAUUUAAUGUGGGAGUAAUAGCACUUGGGAACUCGAUCAAUUUUUCUGCAUGCACCGUGUAGAAACAGCCAUGGACGUUUCAGUCUUUUGCAUGUAGAAACUGGCCAUGCACUUGGUGUGAAAUCAUUUCAGUUUUUUGCAUGUACAAACUGGCCGGGUCCUCUUCCUUAGAGUAUAAAACUUCAGCCAUUGCCUCCUCUUCCCACAACAGCCAUGGACGUGGAGGCGAAGCAGGAAGGCACCAUGGAGGUGGAGCAACAAGUUGUCAUGGAGAUGGAGCAGCAAGGCGAGGUGGAAGAGGCCCAUGGCGAGGUGGAGGGCGUCCGUGACGUAGUGGAGGAGGUCCAUGGCGAGGUGGAGGAGGUACAUGGCGAGGUGGAGGGCGUCCAUGGCGAGGUGGAGGAGGUCCAUGGCGAGGUGGAAGAACUCGAGGAGGAUUUCCAGAAGGUUCAUGCAACCAUCCAAGGCCUUUUUGAGAAAGUUGAUCGUCUAUUUGUUGGGCAAGACAAUAUCUCGGCCAGGUUUAAGUACAUCCGCAUCAGUAACCUGGCGAUGCUACCCAAAGCUAUGGUGCAAUCUUCACGUAAGAGAUGCAUAUUCCCUGCAAUGUGCCGAAGGUGUGGUGUGCGUGGUGAGGCCUCGAUAUUUCUUUGUCUUGCUUGCAGUCUGCAGGUGCCAAAGGACUUGGUUCCUUGUGAGCUGUGCGGAAAUCCGCUUGUGUGUGAUAAUUAUUGGUGCAAGGACUGUGCAACGACGGUUGGAAUUGGUGAAGAUGGUGUAUGCGAUCGUUGUGGUCGCAACACCUCUACCAUUGCCGAAGAUGACAGUGUGUUUGUGCUUGACACCGAGGUGAACUAACCUUCAUGUUGAGGAUGAAAUAGCCAUCAUGUUCCUAUGGAUCUUGAUUUUGGAUGCAAAUUAUGGAAUGUAAUAAAAAUAUCUGUUGCAGUGGACCAGUGGAGUUUAUUUGCAUUUUAAGAUAAUUUGUUUUGUUUUUCUCAAAAUGCAAAAACCAAAGGUGAUGCGAUUAAUAGAUCAAAAAUAGUCCAAAUAUUACAUUGAAAACUAGAAGUCCAACUAUUACAGUGAUCAACUAAAACAUUCAUUCCUCCUAAGGUGAGUUUAAAUACUCUAUCGCACCAUCAACAUAAUCCUUGUCAACCGUCAAACGAACCGGAAGGAGACCUAGCCGUGUUUUUUUCUUCAAGUGAGGUGGAUCAUAGUGUUGCGACCCCUUGUGCUUAAUAAUCUGCCUUAUGCAAACUUGAUGACUUAACCAGAUUCUAUUAAGCUUACGAUGUGGAUACUAAGCAAAGUUUCAUUAACCUGUGGAAAAAAUGAAAAAAUGAAGGGUUUAGCUCGUUGUGGGAAAAAAUUAAGAAGUUGCAUAACCAAAACUGCAAAAUGAAGGAGUGGUACCUUCUGAACAAUCUCAGGAAGGGUCUUGGGCAUUUUCCUAUGGAACAUAGAUUGAAUGGAGGCAAACCACCCAAGAUCAAGUAUGUUGCAGUCUGGUGAGUUUGGUGGUUGAUUUACAAUUCUAAUAUCCCAACCCCCCUUGCCGCUUCCAUUGCAAAAAUGGGAUCGUUUGCUAAAACGUGAGUUAUUGCAUUGU